UCACCUCAGACCUUCUCGGAACGUCGACGAAGGCAGGUGGACGAUUUGAAGUCGUAUCGUCUCGCGUAUACGUCGUGCUCGUUGGCAAGAAUAUUUUUCCAGCCGGUCUUUAAUAGAUUCAAAAUUUUUAUUGAAAAGUUUAUCGAAUGGCAAGUUACGCGAGGGCCCCUUUAAGAAAGAAAAUACAUUGGACCUCAUCGAACGCAUCGUUGUCCUAGAUAGAUCGAAGACAUCGACUCCGUGGACAGGUGCCUGGCCGGUGUUGGCCACGCUCUCAUUUAUCUCGACCUUCCGUAUUUUCUCCUUCCUGCUUUCAUUUAAUCUCAGCGUUAAUGUACGGCUGGUAUGCGCGAAGAAAGUGGUGCGAGUUAAGGAGAAAAAUUUCGGUGCCGUACAUGAGGUACAUACUACUCGGUACGUUCGGUGAUUUCAAUGCACGGUCGUAACCAUCGCGGCCGUGUAACCGGAAGAAAGAAGCAAACCAGAAGGAUCCCUCCUCGAACUUGGGAAAAGCUGUUUUCCAUUUCGAUGCUGCCGUCUUGGCAUCAUUACUUUUCUUGUCGUCAAUGAUUACUCGAGGAUAAACGAGAAAGAGAAAGAGAAAGACAGAAACAGAGAGAGAGAGAGAGGGAGAGAGAGAGAGAGAGAGAGAGAGAGGGAAAGAGAGAGAGAGAGAGAGAGAGAAAGAUAGAGAGAGAGAGAGAGAGAGAAUAGAAAAUCUUCCUUGGAUAUUAAUUUUCGUCGAGUAUGCUCCGAACCGAAGAGGAAACUCGUCGGUCAAAGGAGCAAGGAUUAUGAGGACGCGUAGGUAUUUUGAAGGAACGUGUUGUAGCGGUGCCGUUGUCGCCUUCUUCAAGAGUACCAAGCGGAGGGUGGGAAGAAGAAUCUGACCUUGCGUCGAUGUAGCCUCCUUCUUUUUUCCUUCAUCGUGCUCCAAUUGCUUCGCGUUCGCGCGCACGCGCAUAUCUACACUCGUCAGUAAGUAAGUAAGUCUUAGGAACGUAUUUGAAGGAUUGAAAGGGGUAAAUUGUAUUGGCGUUUGAGAAAGAAAAAGAGAUAAUUGAGAGAGAAAAAGAAAUAUCAUGUAUCGGCCAAAUUUCUACGAGAGUACGUGCCUGAGAUGCGCGCAGACAGUUUAUCAGGUCGACAGGGUCGGCCCUUUGAAGGACUUUACAUUCUUUCAUGCCGGAUGUUUCAAGUGUGCGAUAUGCGGUACGAAGUUAACCCUGAAGACUUAUUACAACAAUCAGCAUACGAUAAACGACAAGGAGGUUUACUGUAGCAGCCACGUGCCAAAACCAGGACCGGGUACGUUGGAUGGUUCGAGCGUGGGUAUAAGGAGUGCUUUGAACGUACCAAGAAGCGGUUACGUCAACGAACAGAUCAGAGCUGGCGGUGCGUCACCUCGUGCUGCUUAUCCACCUUGUUACGAUAAUGUAGAUUCGCCCAAUUAUGGUAGGCAUCUGAACGGACACGGUUCACCCCCAGCUACGAAUUCGUCUCAGGGAAGAGAUUAUCACGGCGGUGGUAGCGGUGGUGCAUCCUCUCCGUACAACCAUCAUCAACAACACCAUCAUCAUAAUCAUCAUGCACAGGACGGAAGUUAUCAGUAUGGGAGAUUCGAUGCUAGUGCGCUUCACAUUGCGCAUGCUCUCAAGCAAACGGAACUUCAAAAGGGUUAUAGCAAGGCUCGCGAGAAGCCCAUCGAUUAUUAUCUGGAUCGAGACGAGCAGACGCGUUUGGAGAUGAAACAUCGCAAGGAGGAAGAUGAUCUGUAUAGAAAAUUUGCUCAUCAUCGAGAAGAGGAAGAUCGACGGAUUAGAGAAGAAUUUAGAGACGAGUGGGAGAAGGAGCUGGAGCAAUUAUCGGCGAGGUGGGAACGGGAGAAGGGAGGAAGAACGCGUACCCAACAAUUUCAACAGGAGAAAGAGGACUUGGAGAAAAACAUGACUCUUCGCAGAGACAAAAAGAAGGAAAGUCUCACGAGGAAAAUGUUGGAACACGAGCGAGCUGCCACGGCAGCAUUGGUUGAGAAGCAAAGUUCGGAGAUGUUGGAAUUGAUAAACGAGGCAAGAAGCGAGUACAUGCUUCAAGAGAGUUUGUAUCUCGAUGAGGGUGACGGUUAUACUCAAGAAGCACCACCACCUUAUCCUUCCCGAGCUCCACCACCUCAGCCACCAGCCUUAGCCAAGUAUCACAUCUACAACGAUCCUAUGGAAUUUGCGGAUAUGGAUCAAAUUGCUAUCUCGGUUGCUCAAGAAGAUCAAAAGACUUUUACCGAUUUAGUACGUCAAUUGGUUAGCAGAUGUGGUUCGGAUAUCGAAAAGGCAAGAACGAUAUUUCGAUGGAUCACUGUAAAGAAUCUUAAUACCAUGCAAUUCGAUGAAAAUUUGCGAGGAGAUACGCCUAUGGGACUCUUGAGAGGGAUCAAACACGGCACCGAGAGUUAUCACGUUCUAUUUAAACGACUCUGCAGUUAUGCCGGAUUACAUUGCGUCGUUAUCAAAGGUUACAGCAAGUCCGCUGGUUAUCAGCCGGGCGUAUGUUUCGAGGACAAUAGGUUCAGAAAUAGUUGGAACGCCGUUUACGUUGCCGGCGCGUGGAGAUUCGUUCAGUGCAAUUGGGGAGCUCGACAUCUCGUAAAUGCCAAAGAAGUCCCACGUCCUGGCCAACCAAAAGCUAAGAACGAUAGCCUAAGGUACGAGUACGACGAUCAUUACUUUCUCACGGAUCCAAGAGAAUUUAUAUACGAAUUCUUUCCACUUCAAGAUGAUUGGCAAUUGCUCAAACAACCGAUCACGUUGAAAGAUUUCGAGGAAUUGCCCUUCGUACGAUCUUUAUUCUUCAGAUAUGGCCUUUAUUUUCCGGAUACGAACACAAAUGCCGUUAUGUACACGGAUUCGACCGGUGCCGCGACCGUAAGAAUAGCGAUGCCCGCACACAUGCAAUCGUCCCUCAUUUUUCACUAUAAUCUGAAAUUUUAUGAUAACGACGGGGACGGAUACGAUGGGGUCUCGUUGAAACGUUUCGUCAUGCAGUCGGUCGUCGGUAACAUCGUUGCAUUUCGAGUGCACGCUCCGUGCUCGGGAGCAUUCCUCUUGGACAUAUUUGCGAACGCGGUUACGCCGAAGGAGUACUUGACGGGCGAGCCAAUGAAGUUUAAGAGCGUGUGCAAAUUCAAAAUCGCUUGCGAGGAACUUCAGACGGUGAUGGUUCCACUUCCGGAUUGUGCUAGUGGCGAGUGGGGUCCUACCAAGGCUACCAGAUUGUUUGGACUAAUACCGAUAACUCAUCAGGAAGCUCUGGUGUUUGCCGGACGAGAAUUAGAGAUUCAAUUUCGUAUGUCACGACCUUUGACCGACUUCAUGGCGACUCUUCACAAAAACGGUAUCGAAGAGAAACGGCUGUCAAAGUAUGUCGCACAUUCGAUCGCCGACGACGACGUUGUAACUUUCUCGAUAAGUUUCCCAGAGGAAGGCCAAUACGGUCUUGAUAUUUACACGAGAGAAUCAACCGGACCAACUACCGCUCAGCACGAUGUCACCGGUGAAAAACAUUUGCUAACUCAUUGUUGCAAGUAUCUCAUCAAUUCCAGCAAACGGAAUUAAGGAAUUGCAACGGGGAAGAUUCUUCUAUUUAUCCUUCUAACUCGCGUGGACUCGUUCUGUUGUUGUUGUUGUCGUCGUCGUCGUCGUCGUUGUUUUUAAAAUAGGAUAGAACUGAGAUACUUCUGCAGUAGACGUGAGACGAACUCCGGUGAAAAUGAAGCGUCAGGUUGUUGUCGUUGUCGAACUCAUUAGCAAUCUCUCUCUCUCUCUCUCUCUCUCUCUCUCUCUCUCUCUUUUUCUCUAUUUCUGACGCGUCUUUUAAUUUAAAGUCUUCCAACAAAAUGGCAAUUACGUUCUUGAAUAAACCGGUCGAGUAGCAUCGACGUGACAACGUGCGACUAUUUCUCUCUCUCUCUCUUUCUCUCUCUCUUUGAAUAUGUCGCAAAACUAUCCCCAGCUAAAAUUAACAUAAUGAACAUUAUUUUCACCAUUGGCGUUUCAUAAUGACUUUGCUAAGACUCGAAUGAUGAUCCCUUCUUUAUGAAUUUUUCUUUACAUAAACUAAGAGACGUAAAACUCGUUUACGUUAUAAACAAUAUUAGAAGAGGAUAAAAGAAACUCGAAUAGUGAAUAUAAUUUUUCUUGUGGUAUUUUUUUCCCUUUUCUUUUUCUUUUUCAUUACUAAAGAUGAUGGGACAAAGAUAAAUGAUAAAACGUAUUUAUCGUAAAACAAGAUGCAAGCGAGUUAACGAGCUACCUCCAGAGAUUUUUAUCAUCAUAACGUAGAGCAUAUACAGUGAUUCAAAAAGAAAUAUUUGAAUAAAUCGAACGAGAGAGAGAGAGAGAGAGAGAAAACUUUUAACUUUUCAGUAGAUAUAAAGAAAUUAAUAUGUUAUAGGAAAUGUGGCUAGGAUCAUAAAAAAAUUAUUUUUUGUUGAAGUACUGAUAAAAAAUACAACAUAAGCUUUUAUCAAGUAUUUUGUCGAGUGGUUUUAUAGAAAAACAAAUAUAUAUAUAUAU